CACGUAGACAUUGCCCUACAUGGUCAAAAAGAUUUCGCAAUCCUGCCCGAGCGCGCCUCACCGAUCCAAACAAAACACGACGAGCGGGAAUAACGAGGAUAUUUCCCUUAUAAACGUUCACCUUUUGGCGGAGGAAACCCUCGGCUUUUUACCCUGCACAGGCUCCAUAUUCUCAGCCUGAGUUUUGGUGAACCUGAAGGCUUCUGUUUACCUUCAGUUCAUCGUAAAUAGCUGCACCCCACCGUCCCCCCGCCAUUGUCCACAACGCCAGCCCCGCUCCCCGCCGUCGGUCGGACAGCGUCUCCUUGUGGCAACGGAUCCAAAUGAGCAGACAGCCUAAGAUAUCCCCAUCAGAGCACAACGGCGUGAGCGUCAUCCAAAGCCAGCCACAGGCCAGCUCUGCCCCUCCAUCCUCCAGCUCCGCCCCCCCAGCAUCUUCUCUGCCACCUGCCAUAGGAGGCCUCCAGCAGGUCCCGCAGCUCGUCCCAGUCAACCCAUCGGCCGGCGGGGGCAAGGCUGUGCCACCCAGCAAGAUGAAGAAACCUCCAGCGGAUAAGGACAGUGAGGAGUACCGUCAGCGGCGGGAGCGGAACAACCUGGCGGUGAAGAAGAGUCGCAUGCGCAGCAAGCAGAAGGCACAGGACACACAGCAGCGCGUCAAUGAGCUGAAGGAGGAGAACGAACGACUGGAGGCCAAGAUCAAACUGCUCAGCAAGGAGCUGAGCGUCCUCAAAGACCUGUUCCUGGAACACGCCCACAACUUGGCCGACAAUGUCCAGCCACCAGGGGGCGGUGAGGGCACCAGCCCCACCUCCAACAACAACAACAACAACAACAACAACAGCAGCAGCGGCAAUAAUAUGGGCCAGUAAAAGGGACUUUGUUUUUGUGUGUUGCUCAGGUUGGCUGAGCAUUGAUGCUCCACUGCUUCGGAUCUGUUUUUCUCUCCUUCCUCUCUUUUUUAGAUCUGCUCACUAAAGUUUCUCAAAGUAUCUGCUCACUAAAACACUACAACUAAUGGGUAGCAGGAGACCAAUUGCUGCCCCCGAACAUUGAAUGUCUCACACACAGCCUCGUAGAACAAUGGUCUCUGUCUGGCACCUAGUUAGAGACCAGGGAUGGACUUCAGCCCAAACUUUCUUGAUAGGGUUUAGGGAUUAUCUCCUGAUCCAGGUCUCAGAGCCGCAGUCAUUUAAAUCAGUCACAUUCAUAUAGCCCCCAGCCCCAUUCUCUGUCAGUGGAGCAGCCUAAGGCUGUGUUGACCUUGUAGGUCAGAGCCCUGGUUCUGUGUGUUAUAUCGGUACUGGAGAGAUUUAUGGCCUUGGCCACAGGACCAAGAUGUACAUUUUUAAUUAAUUGAUUAUUUCAUUUGCAUUCUUUCCUUUACAAAAAGUUCUUAUAUGUCGUGAAAGCCUGAUAGAAAUUAUUCUUUUUUAUAGGUGUAAGUGCACUCGCUACAUGUUGAUGUUGAACAAUGUAAGUUGGGUUUUAUACAGAAAGGAUCUUUUCUAUAGGAUGGUUACAUUUGAUUAGUAUGUUUGUGUCUAAACUGAGUCAACUGUGUCCUUUCUUGAAGCUCUUAGGGUAAAUGUAGGAAGAAGUGAGGUGGAAAAGUACUGACAACUGAGAGAGAACUUGAUUUCACCCCCCUACUGCCCUGUUGGUCCAUCCCAGGCCAGACGGGUGUGUUUUAGGAAUAGUGGAUCCAGACAAUCGCACACCUCCAUGGGGUGUGGAGCAGAACUCUCCUGGUGGAGUCAAAAAUCACAUCUUAAUCCCAGUGGAUCCCGGAUCAGAUUUAAACCUGGGGCUGCUCUGCUGGCAAGGCUGCGGCUCGUCGUCAGUCCUCGGCUAAUUAGUCGGUGCAGAUCGGGACAAGCCUGACCCAAACCCUCCACAUGUUGGCGGGGAGCAGAUCAUAGCUGUGGUGCUGGUGUGUCCCCAUGAUAGACUUUGUAAUCAUCGAGCUUUGUUGGGUGUGGGUCAUUGCCAUAAGCUUGUCUGUGUUAAAACGUCUGUCUGUGGUAGACCUCCGUACCUCAGGCUCACUGCCACACCAAGCACGGCCUUCCCUGGCUUUUCUCAAGUUUUUCUAUCCUUGAUUUUUUUUCUACUGUUUUCUUCAGAAAGCCGCAUGUUAGAUGACUAUUUGCAUGGAGGGAAACGUUAUUGCACUCAGAAGAAGAGAAAUGCAAAUCUGGCUUAUUUACAACAUUAUCAGGUCUGCAGUGUCUUUAUCAACUGCGUUAAAUUAGUACAACUCAGCUCUUGUAAUACUAUGGGUAAAGUGACAAUGACAUGGAAAUAUGUCCACAAAUAUUUUAAAUAGGUUGCUUUGGUAUUAAUGUUGCUGGCCAGCAUUUCUCUUACUCAUGACCUGCUUUUUAUAAGAUUGGUUUGGGGUUAUGUGCAAAAUGUGCAUUGUACAUUAAAAUUGGGUAUA